UUGUUUCUAGGUUAGAAUUUUAUUUGGAUUGCAUUGUUGGGUCUCUAUAGAUAGACGUUUUUCAACUCCAAUGUGACACUUGUGAUUCGAAGAAUUGAAGAUUUAUUCUGGAGUUUGCAAUCUUUAUUCGUGAUUGAAGAGGAGUUUUAUUGAGGUGAGAUGGAUGACGAAGCGGAGACGUACAAGUUGUGGAGAAUCAGGAAGACAGUCAUGCAGUUGUGCCACGAUAGAGGUUAUCUGGUGACACAGGAUGAAUUGGAUCAGACUUUGGAGCAGUUUAAGGAGCAAUUUGGAGAUAAACCGAGUGAGAAGAGGCCGGCCAGGAGUGAUUUGAUUGUUCUGGUUGCUCACAACGAUGACCCCACGGAUCAGUUGUUCGUAUUCUUUCCGGAUGAGCCGAAAAUUGGGAUCAAAACUAUCAAGACUUAUUGUCAACGCAUGCAGGAAGAGAAAAUCCACAGAGCCAUCAUUGUUGUCCAACAAGGCAUGACACCCUCAGCUAAGCAAUCGCUAGUCGACAUGGCGCCAAAAUACAUCCUGGAACAGUUUUUGGAGUCUGAAUUGUUGAUCAACAUCACGGAACAUGAAUUAGUACCAGAGCACAUUGUUCUGACGCCGGAUGAGAAAGACGAAUUGUUGAUGAGAUAUAAAUUGAAGGAGAAUCAACUCAUGAGGAUUCAAGCUGGAGAUCCUGUGGCCAGGUACUUCGGACUGAAGCGUGGACAGGUUGUCAAGAUUAUUCGACCCUCGGAAACUGCUGGGAGAUACAUUUCUUAUAGGCUCGUUUGUUAACUUGGAUUUCUAUUUUUUGCUUAUGGAGGAGGAAUUAAUCAUUCAUCAAUCAAACUGCUAUCCCCUGAAGAACUGUACAAAUAAAGUAUACUUUGUUUAAGGAAA